GCAGCAGCAGCUGCCCCAUUAUUGAUACAAUGGGUGUCAGGCCGCCCCUGGCUCUAAAACCCAGGCAGCGAUUGCGCUUCCCUGUCCUGCCCAACGUGUGAACGCACUGACUCCAGCCCUUGGACCCUCGCACCCUGCAGAGGGUGAAAGCAAGACCGGGGUCUCCCACUAGGACUGAGCCCGGUGCGGACGGAGUUUUCCACCGGGGACCCUUUGACUUGCCAUCCACGGCGGGGUGACCAGGCCCGCGGGACUAGAAGCGACUAGUGCCGCCUCCCUCCGAGCUCUCUGGCGGUUCUCAGGACAGCGCCCACCUGGGCGUCACUGCGGGGAGGAGUCGGAGAGGAGUCACAGAGCGGAGCCGGCACAACCCGAGUUUGGACGCAGCUACAGCACCAUGGACAGCCCCAGGUGGCUGCUGCUCGCCGCCGGCUGCUGGCUGCUGCUGCUGCCGCCCGGGGACUGGGGGCUGGAGACCAGGGCACUCCGCAGCUUUUACCCCCAGGAGCGCCCUCCAUCCAGCGAGAAGGAGCUGCUCGGGGCUUUGCAGGAGGCUCUGGAGAAGCUGCAGAAAAAGCGGAUUCCACCCUGGGGCAAGAAACUGGGACAAGUGCCAGCGUGCGACGUGGGGGAGCUAUGCGCCGUCAGAAAAGCCUCCCGAAUUGGAAAGCUGUGCAACUGCCCCAGAGGCGCCACCUGCAACUUUUUCCUGCUGAAAUGCUUGUAAACCUCAAUACCUCCAGGAGCUAAGAUAACAAAAGAAACCAAAUCCUGUUGAACUGUGCUUGACACGCACUGCUUUGUCUUUGUUGUUGUGUUUUUUUCUAUUUAGUCAAUAAUCUACCCAUGUAAAAUACUUAUCUCCUUUGUAAAAUAUUUCUUCUCCCUCUGUAUUUGUCCUCAGAUUAGGAAUGAAGACCACAGAGGUAAGGCUUCACAACACUUAUUAAAGAUCAAAACAUAAUAAUUUAAC